AUGUCGUUUGACAGCACGGGGCUGGACCCCAGGCUGCUGCGGGCGCUCUCCAAGCGCGGCUUUGAGAAGCCAACACCCGUGCAGGCGGAGUGCAUUCCCAAGGCACUGGAGGGGCGGGACAUUGUGGCCCGCGCCCGCACCGGCAGUGGCAAGACGCUCGCGUACCUGCUGCCUGCUCUACACCGCGUGCUGGCCAGCGGCAAGGGCAAGGCGGGGUGGCAGGCGCUGGUGCUGGUUCCCACUCGGGAGCUGUGCGAGCAGGUCAGGGAGGAGGCUGCCAGCGUGGCGAGCCUGUGCGGCGCCGACCUGUCGGCCACCUCGGUCGCGGGCGACGCGCCGCUGCGCGCGGCCUGUGCCACCGCGGGGCAGCUGGUGGUCACCACGCCCGCCAAGCUGGCGCAGGCGCUGCGCGAGGGCGUGCUUACGCCGCACAUGCUGGAGGAGCGGCUGCAGGUGCUGGUGCUGGAUGAGGCCGACCUGCUGCUCAGCUAUGGGUAUGAGGAGGAUGUGCAGGCGCUGGCGCCCCACGUCCCGCGCUCCACGCAGUGCCUGCUGAUGAGCGCCACCAGCAGCGAGGAUGUGGACCGCCUGACCAAGCUGGUGCUGCACAGCCCCGUGGCGCUCAACCUGCUGGGGCAGGCCACGGGGGAGGGAGGCGAGAUUGAGCACUUUCGUGUGGACUUGCCGGCGGGGUGCGGCAGCGGCGGGGCGGCCACCGAAGCCGCCGAGAAGCUGCUGCACCUGCUGGCCCUGCUGAAACUCAACCUGGUGCAGCGCAAGGUGCUGGUGUUUGUGAACAGCGCCGACAGCGGCAUGAGGGUGCGGCUCUUCCUCGAGGCCUUUGGCGUGCCGGCGGCGGUGCUGAGCGCGGAGCUGCCGCUCAACUCGCGGCACCACAUUCUGCAGGCAAGGCCGCGGCAGGGCUGGCCGAGCGCUGCGCAGGAGUUCAACCGCGGCCUGUUUGAUUACCUCAUAGCCACAGACGAUGUGCAUGCGGGCGACGCCGACGGCUCCACCGGCAGCAGCAAGCAGCAGCGGCAGAAGAAGGGCAGCAGAGGGGACGCAGGCGGAGGGAAGGGGGCCGUCGGCGGCAAGCGGCAGCGCAAGGAGGAGGAGUUUGGGGUGACGCGCGGCAUAGACUUCAAGGGCGUGCGCACCGUCAUAAACUUUGAGAUGCCGGGCAGCACCAAGGGGUAUGUGCACCGCGUGGGGCGCACGGGGCGGGCGGGCCAGGCUGGCACCGCCAUCAGCCUGCUGGCGCCUUCGGAUGCCCCGCUGGCAGCCGAGCUGACGGCCAUGCUGCGAGACAGCGGCGGCGGCGAGGCAGGCGGCGACCACCCGGCAGCAGCAGCCGCGGCAGGAGGAGCAGCAGCGGCGGCGGCCACCCAAGCCGGCCUGCAGCCGCACCAGCGGCUGACCAAGGCGGCGGUGGAGGGGCUGCGGUACCGGGCAGAGGAUGUGGCGAGGAGCAUCACCAAGAACGCGCGAGCCAAGGAGCUGAAGAACGAGCUGCUGAACUCGCAGCGGCUGGCCGCCUUCUUUGAGGAGCACCCCAGCGACCUCAACCUGCUGAAGCACGACAAGCCGCUGGCGGCCAGCGGCGCGGCGGCGGCGGCGGCCCACCUCAAGCACAUCCCCGCCUAUCUGCGGGACCCGACGCUGCAGGGCAAGAGCUUUGUGGGCAACAGCGGUGAGGCGGCGCCCGCUGCUGGGCGGCUCGAGAAGCAGCCUGCCGGCAGGGAGGUGCAGGCCGAGGGGCAAACUGUGCAGUGGGGUUGGUGGGCAGAAGCCACCUGUUCCUGCAGGCGCCACUCCUCUGCGCCGCCGCCUGCCUGA